AUGAAGAACCAAACAAUGGGAAUAGAGUUCAUUCUUCUUGGACUGACUAAUGAUCCUUGGCUGAAAAUUGUGAUUUUUCAGUUUCUCUUUCUCAACUAUAUUUUCAGCCUGAUGGGGAAUUUAAUCAUUAUCUUCCUUACCCUACUGGAUCCUCGCCUGAAGACCCCAAUGUAUUUCUUCCUUCGAAAUUUCUCCUUUCUAGAAAUUUCAUUCACAACAGUCUGCAUUCCAAAGUUUUUGACUACCAUUCUGACUGGAGACAAAACAAUUUCCUAUAAUAGUUGUGCAACUCAAUUAUUCUUUUUUCUUUUGUUAGGAAUUACAGAGUUUUACCUUCUGGCUGCCAUGUCCUAUGACCGCUAUGUUGCCAUCUGCAAACCUCUGCAUUACCCCAUUAUUAUGAGCAGCCGAGUGUGCUAUCUGCUUGUACUCAGCUCUUGGGUAACUGGAUUCCUAACCAUCUUUCCUCCUUUGGUUUUGGGACUCAAGCUCGAUUUCUGUGCUUCCAAAACUAUUGAUCAUUUCCUAUGUGACUCUUCUCCUAUCCUGCAGAUCUCUUGCACGGACACUGAAUUAAUAGAAUUGAUGGCCUUCAUCUUAGCUGUGGUGACACUCCUAGUCACAUUGUUGUUAGUGGUCCUCUCCUAUACGUACAUCAUCAAAACUAUUCUAAAAUUCCCUUCUGCUCAGCAAAGAACAAAGGCCUUUUCCACUUGUUCCUCACACAUGGUUGUUGUCUCCAUCACUUAUGGGAGCUGUAUCUUUAUGUACAUGAAACCAUCAGCAAAAGAAAGGGUAACCUUGUCUAAAGGAGUAGCUGUGCUCAAUACUUCUGUUGCCCCUUUAUUAAAUCCCUUCAUUUAUACCUUAAGGAACCAGCAGGUGAAAGAAGCCAUCAAAGACAUGCUUCAAAGAGUUCUUUAUUUUCAAAAGGAGAGAAAAUUUUAA